AUGGUCGAGGUACGCUUGGUGGAGCUUCGUGUCCAACUGGCACAUCACUGGUGCGGGCUGCAGGUGGUGGGGUGCCGCGUGGUUGUGUGCCGCGACGCUGCCGCCGGCACAUGUCGCCGCGCCGCUUGCCGCUACUACCACAUCCCCGUGCAGCUACCUCCCGCGCGCUGCGCCCCCCCUAACCUCACCCCUCCACCUCCCCACACACACACACACACUCACACACACGCGCACCCCCGGCCCCAUCCCUCCGCCACUUCAUCUCCUUCGACCCUCGUCGUCCCUAUCCCCCGACACCCUCGGAAUGGCAGGUUCGUUAGUCUGGUACUGACGCUCCCCGGCGGAGACUCUCCCGAGCGACGCGAGCGUGCGGGGAGUCCUCACCCCCGCCCCCCUCGCGCUCGCCUCGCCUCCAGGGAAUGA